AUGUGGAUCGUGGACGAGAUCCGGUACCUACGAGAGCUCAUUGUAAGGAGUAUCCGUCGUUUGCUGAACGUGCUGUCCAUGGCUGCUUCCGAAACACGCGCCGAGGUCGCCUGUCUGCUGCAUAAGUAUCAUUGCCUUCUGUUCGAGGACACACCGACCAAGAUACACAGAGCUAUGGUCGACUUUAGCCGGUGGCUAGCAGACGUGCUUGUGGGCAGAAACGCUAAGGGUAUCGAGCGCAGUCCGUCACACCGUGAGGAUGCGUGGCUUACCCUGAAAGAGCGGCACUUCGACGAUCGGACAUGUCAAGGAGCUCUUGCUUUCAACAAGACAACGACCAUUCAGCUGCUGAGAACAGCUUGCGAGUACUACAUGGCGCGCUGUGACUGUCUCCAAAGAACCAACGCAGGACUCGUGUCGCAGUUGGCUGAGUUGAAGACGCAGCUGAAGCAAACACUUGUUUGUGCAUUUGAAUCACAGCACGCUCUGGAACGUGAGCGAGAGGUUUGUGCGCUGCAAGCCAAACACCUGGUGACGGGAGCACAGAUCGGAGACCACCUUGUGCUACAGCGAUCGCGCGGUGAGUACCCAGCUCGUCUGCGCCAGCAGAUCGCGAGUACGCUUGACACACCAGACGUGGUAAACACGGCUGAGCAAGAUGACAAUGAACAGGCGUUGGCUGGUGCGUCAAGCUCGAACGAUCCGAAGCAAGUGAAUGCGGUCGAAAACGCUUCGGUUGGUGACAAGCUAGGAGCGGCGACACUUGACAAUCGGGAAGACGCCCUGUCUCCGCUAUCUGGCGCUGACGGGAACAACGUCCUAUCUGAUCGACAAGAGACACCUCAGCAUUCGUCGGGGCAGCAGAGAUCGGCAUCGGCGACUUCUUCUUCCGUUGCGAUGUAUGAGCCGAGUCUGAGCUCCACUGACUUGGACUACAGGCAGCUCACAGAAUUGCGCUCAAGUGGAGAGAAGGACGGCAGAUGGUAUAGCCACGCACUGCGCGCGUUGAAGGAAGCACGCAAGCACCGAAAACGCCGUCAGCUUGGUGAAGCUCACCCCAUGAUGAUGUUUACAGCGAGCGCUGUUUGCAAAGAAGCCAACGCUACAGAAUUCACGCAGCUCGUGUCUACUCGCGAUCCUGCUGAGGACGGAGAAGACUCGACGUGGUACCGCCGAACACUGCUGCAUCUCACGAACGAGCGCCAACGCCGUCUGAGCCACCACAACCGGGCUGAUUCGUUCUCGUCCACCAUUUCUAUCGUCGAUUAG